AUUCGAUUAUUAAAAGUUAUCUACUACAAACUUACUUAGUUAGGUACUUAAUUAUACUUAUAGUCGAUUCUUGAUUGGCGAAUGACAAGAAGCGAAAAUGUUUUCUAUUUAAUAUUUGUAGUUAAUAGUUAAUACUACUUACCUACUUAUAAUUGUUAUUUGUUAUAUAUGUGAGUAAUAAAACUUACCGAAGUGUCUCAGUCAUAAAAUUAUCUGUGAUAUUAUGUUAUACCAAAUAUACCUGUAUAAUAUAUUUUUUCAUUUUAAUGUAGAAAUGUUCGAACAAUUAUAAUUACCAUCUUCUAAAUGAUAAUAUAAAUGUAAACAUUUUUAAAGAAAAUUCAAUUUGAAUCUAUUGUUUAACUUUUCAAACGUUUUAUUAACAGCAAUAAAUAUGUUUGCUUCAAUGUUUAAAUCUGUCUUUAAUAAAUCUGGUAAAAAAGCCAAGAAGGAAGUGGAAUCUGAACUAAAUAAAAUCACGAAAGAAGAUGUAAAGGACAUACUUGCUUCUUUGAAUGAGAUUAACGUUGACGGCAAAGACAUUUUAGAUAACAAUGUUAGUCGUUCCGUGUCGUUAGAUAAUAUUAUUGAUGGUAUCGAGUCAAUGCCUAUUGAUGAUGCAAAUCCAGUAGAUUUGAAUGAUAGUGCUUUAGUUGACAAUUUUGAUGACACUAAAAGUGAAGUAAGUUCUAUUGGAGAAAACCAACUAUCGUGUGAAAUAGUUGAAAAUUCCGACAAAACCAAUACUGCAAACAAAAUUAACAAUCUUCAGUGUUUAUUUACAUGGAACUUAAAAGCAAAUAACAAGAAAAAUAUGAUUUCAUUGAUACAUAAUAAAUAUGGAGAAUACAACUUAAAUAUAUCUUCAUCAGAGUUUACAUUUGAAAGGUAUGUAGGUAAUUUAAUUAUUGGCUAUGAACUGUUCCAUAAAGGUGAAUCCGAAUUAGGACAAAUGAAAAUAUUAGAAAUUGGGAAAUGGCUUGAAGAACUAGAUAAUGGUACUGAUGAAUUUUAUUUAUCCAUCAAUAUUGGUCUUCAACAUGUUAUGAAGGCAACUUUUAUCCAUAUGUUAUUUGCUGCAAAUCUUACUGGAGAGUGUCAAUGGUUGUUGGAUGAUAUUAUACCAUUGUAUAAUAUGGAUUUUAAAUCAAAAGCUGCUGUACAUGCAAUACGUGCAGCUGUAUUUACUGAAUAUGGUGGAAGUCCUCACAUUUUCAAAAGAGCUUGUGAUAGUGCAAAAAAAGCAUGUGAUUUAGAUCCUAAUACUUCACUUUGGUUUUAUAUUCAUUCAAUUGCUUUAACAACUCAAAGGCAGUUUUUACGGUCACAUAAAUCAAAUCCAACUGAUAAUGAAAUAAAUGCUAUUCAGCAAGCAAUUAUGUUGUCAGAUGGAAAAAAUACUGCUUUUAACUACCAUAGAAUGAUAUUAGAUAAAGAUACUGCAAUUCGAUAUUUUCAUGAAAAUAAAAAUAAUCCUGAUAAAUCUUGGAUUGAUAAAAAUCGGCAGGCGAAUAAAACAAUUGUUCAAAUGAUUAAAACCAUAAUGAGCAUGGAUCCAAAAGACCCUCACUUGGUAGUUAAGUGUGCUAGAACAUUAAUGACUCUUCCAGUUAUGGUCCGUGAUUUUAAAUUGGGAAAACAAUAUUUGACAAAAGCCUUUGAAAUGGCACCAAAUGAUGUGACUGUUUUAAAAUCUAUUGAAAAAACAGUUGAAAUUUAUAAAGAAGUUUCUAAAAAACAAAGACCUGGCAGAACAACUGAACCAAAACAAAAUCAUUCGUCACUGAAGAACAGAACACCAAAAUUAGGAAAUGAUUUAGGAUUUAUUGUAAAAAAACAAAAGAAUGGGGAAGAUCCUAUUCCUUACCUCACUAAUUUGAUUUCUAAGUAUGAUGGACUUGAUAAAUCAAAAAUUAUAGCUCAACUAUGUUCGUACACAGUAUUAUUCACAAACAAUUUAAAAUCUGGCGUUGAAGAGUUUAUAAAGUUAAUUGAUCAACCAAGAAUUGCAAAUCAUUUUAUAAUUACGCAACAUAUUUCAUCAUUUGGUUCAAAGAAAUUUCACUUAGCAGAACUCAUUUGUAAUGAAAUUAGAUUGGCUACAAAUUCAAGUAGUACUGCUCCUGAGGAUAUGUUGUACUUUUUUAAAAUGUUAACGAAAAUCAUGGAAACUUGUAACUUACAAAUGAAAGAUGUUGAUUCUUCUUUGAAGGCUAAGCUAAUUAUUAAUUCAUCCUCCAAAUCGUCAUUCUCUAAUACAACUGAUCAAAGUGAAACAGGUUCAUCAGAUAAUGAGAGUGUUGAACAAGUUUUAGUUAAACGUAGAACUAAAAAUCGUAAGCCAAGGAAUUUGCAAAAUACGACUCCUAGAGUAUUUACUCAAACAUUUGAAGUAAAUAAAGGACCAAAUAGAAAAAAUAAUAGGUCCCCUAGUAAUAUUUCCUCAAGAAAUCAUCAAAGCCAAAACACCGCAAACUCAGCUGCGAUCGAUCAAAUGCAAUUAAAAAUGUUAAAGUUUUUAAAUGUUUCUUCUGCUGAAGGUCCAAGGUUUUUCGAUAAUAAUUAUUCCAAUAUUUUAUCAACCGAAAACCUCAGAAAUGUACAAACACAAUCACAAGUAGAACAAUAUACCCACCAGUUAUAUCAACAUAUCUCAGCUAAUAAUAAUACUCAUCAGGAUCAGAGAAAUGUACCUGAGACUUCAGCAGGAUAUUAUGGUGGGCAUAAUAAUCCACCAUUUUCAAAUUUUAGCUCUAUGCCGCAAUAUUCUGGAUUUCAAAAUCCACAACCACCUUCAUUAUUAAAUUUGAGACCUCAAAUUAAUCUACAGGACCCACAACCUCGUUGGCAAAGACCAAAGAAAUGGUCUCCCAGAAACCAAAAAUAAAUAAGUUGACUGAUUUAUUUUUAUUUUUUCAUUGAUUCAAUAAAAUAUGUAAGUGUCUUAAUAUGUUGGUAAUUCUAGUAUGUAAGCAGUUUUUUUUAACAUCAUUAAGAUGUAUCAGCGCCUAUAAGAGUUUUGUUAUGAAAAAAUAUUAGUAAAAAAUAAUUUUUUUCUUUCAAGAUCUUAAUUUAUAAACAUAACUUAUUGCUAAUAAGUUAUGAUAGUUUCUAUGUAUAACUCCUCAUAACAUAAUAUGUUAACUAUUUUUUUUACUUCAAUAAGUAUUUACUUUUGUUGAUAAAGUAAUUUAAGCAAACUUCAGUUGUUAUUUGUUAUUCAUUUUGUGUAAAGAAUAUUAUACAGUUUAUUAUUUUAUUUACUAUUUAAAUAGUACUAAGCAACAUAAACUUUUACUCAUAUUAUCCAAAAAUAUUAUUUUAUAUUUUAAAUCAUUCAAGGUUUUAUUGUUAGUGUGAUUUGUUUUGUACUUUAAAUCAUUUCUAAAUUCUGAGACAAAUUUGGAAACAAAUUCCAAAUAACAUUUUAACCUUAGGGUUUUCAUUAUAACUAAUUUUUAAAUUUCAAUAUCAUAAAAAAAUAUAAUUUGUAAUGUAUUGAAUAUAAAAUACUUAAAUAAUAUUUUUUUUAGUACCAGUAAAAAGUUAUAAUUAACUAGGUACCAUUGGUUAAACUCAUUAUAAUUAAAGAGUUCUGGUGUUAAUAUUUUAUACUUAAUUAAUUCUUUAAUACUUGUUGUCUAUUUUAAUGUUUGUU